GCCUCAGCUCCGCCCAGCCCUCACCGUGAUGGAGCCUCGCUGGGCGCUGCUGGGCGCGCUGCUCCGCGCCGCGGGCGGCCGGAAUUAUUCACUGCCUUAUACACCACAGUCUGCACAAUGCAGAGACCCCAGCACUGAAUUCUAUGAAGAAAGACUUGAGAAAUGUUGCAGCAAGUGCCCUCCAGGUCAACGUAAGGCAGAGAGCUGCACUGGCAGCAUGGACACAAAGUGCAUCCCUUGUUUACCUGACACCCAUACAGCCAUCCGGAAUCUGUCUCCUCAGUGCUUUGCUUGCUCUCCACCCUGCAGGAAAGGUACUUGUGAAAACAGGAUUUGUAGAGCGUCACAGGACAGGACCUGCAGCUGCCCACCCAACAAGUACUGCAUUUCAAAAUGUAAAGUGCAUAAAAAAUGGGGGAAAGGUUACCGAGUCUCCAGAAGAGGAACAGACAGCACAGACACAGAAUGCAAGCCCUGUCCCCCGUAAGAUUCAGAUGAGGAAUCUUAUGAUACCAGCUGCAUACUACAUACAGUUUGUAAACGAGUGGCUGUUGCAGGAAACGGCAUGAAUGAUGCUGUUUGCCAUGACUCAGUUGCCACAUUUCUGCCUCACACUGUUAUAAACCUCUUCCCCCCAAGCCAAAGCUCAACUUCCAGCAAUGGUGAAGUAGUAACACAGCCUGUCAUUCUCAACUCCGUGCCUGACAUGUCCUACAUCACUGGAUCAGUGACAGGGCCGUUGCUAUUGGACCUGAUAAUUGCUGUUAUGGGGUAUUGUUUAUUCUCCAAAAAAAGAGCCCUUGCAUACUCACAACCAGCUGAAGCAAUGGAUUUGCCUUUUUCCUCUACAGAGAAGCAGUGUGACAAAAAAAAAGUAAGAAAUGCAGAAUUGCAAAGCUCCAGCAGUUCUGAACAGGAGGAACAGCAUCUCUUGGAAACUCCUGGCCCAAGCAGCAGCUCCCUGGAUAAUCCAGCUGGAUCUGCAAGAGUCAGUGUAAUAAAUAACAACGAUAGUGAUAAGAAAGAAAGUUUCCAACAGCACUGUGCAGCUGCAGAAGGGUGUAAGCUUCACUGUGGAGCCAGGCACAGCUCUGCAAGUUCAGAACUCUCAGGUAAUGGAGGAAGGCAGGUGAGUGUGACUUGUGUUGUUAAAAUAUGUAAUCCAGAUUAUGGCUCCCAGUUUCCAAAAUAGACUGGUCCAGCUGGCAUGGAUUAUGGAAGUGCUCAAUGUUCUCCAACAGGGGGAGAAGCUCCCAUUUCAAAAGAAGAAAACCCCUUGAAAAAAGAAACUGAAAUUCAAAUAUUGGUGGAAGCCAAAGACAAUUUACUUCAGGAUUUACUUCUGGAACAGAAUUCUCCUCUGGGUGUUCAAGAUAUGGGGAUAAAAACUGUUUAAAGGAAAUGACAGAUUUUAUACUGUUUGACUGAUAAUCAGAUCAGCCGUUAUGUUCACAACCAAACGUGUUCAGUGUAGCAUUUCUACAGAUUUGAAAUCUCAGAAGAAUUUACUUUUUUGAGGUUUUCAAUCUCUUCUUUGUCAGCUUUGAGAGUAAAUAUGAGUUUUGAAUUAGUUACUAUUUUUUAAUGCUUCCCGAUCUCAGGUAAUGAACUCUCUCUUGAAGGUUGUGUAAUCUAUAAAAACUGGAAGUGUCCCAGACCUCAGAACCAGAAAAUCCUGUUCCAUCAUUCAUUUGUUGCUCAGUGCUGAGAUCCAUCCACCCACUUCUUAUAGAAAAUCAGUAGAACAGCAUCUACUCUGCGAAUGCAGAUGAGAAUCAGGCUUUUAAAACACAUACUUUAAACUUGCGUAUAACCUAAGAGGUUUAUUAGUACUUCUAGAACUGGGAACUGGCAAAUAGGUCUUUCAUCCUACUGUGAAGAAAUUUAUUAUAACUUCAUGUUAAACUUGAAGGUCAUUUGAUUUUGUAUAAUGCCCUUUUCUGCUGUACUGAGUAUUUUAAUGUCUUACCCAACAACUCCCAGUGCUGGGAGCACAUUGGAAGAGCAAUGUCAGAGUUUUGAAGAAGUUUAAGAUUUUUUUAUAGCAGUUAAAUUUCUGGGUUUUCAGACUGUGGAGCAGUGUGAGAGAAGGGGAAUUCAAUUCUUAUGUUGAAGUAUGAAAAAUGUGUUUGUAUUUGUUAAGAAAAAGAUAAAUAGUGUUUUUAUACUUAAACCUUUGUCUUCUACCUCCCUACUGAACCAAAAUUCUGCUUUUUAGAAGGGCUUGUU